CUCCCCCGUCCUCUCCACCCCCCAUCCCACCUCCCCACCCCUUGUAAGAAAAUAAUGCUGGCAGGCGCCCGUACCUCCCAGUCCUUCCCAGUCCGCUGCGAGAAGAGGGCACCCGAAGCUUCUCCGCGCCGCGACCCCCGCCAAGCAGCCCGAGCCGCCGCCUCGUCCGGAAGACAGACGCGGAGCUCCGCUUAGGCAGCAUCUGCGAGCCGGGAGGCGCCGCCCGCAAGGACACCUCUCCGUCCCGCCUCGUCCGCAACUCCGGUCCCCGUCUAGCUCGACGCGAGCCAGGAGUCCGGACGUGCCUGCGCCGCGCAGCAGCCGGAGCCGACCCGCUGCCCUAGAGAGGAGCCAACUCCAUCUCGGACCUGGGACUCUUCACGGGGACUCGCAGCCGCUGCUCACCUCGGGCCGCGCUCGCCGUCCAGCCCUCCGUGCCGCUGUCCUUCACCGCUCAGGACGGGGGUGCCAAGAUGCCCCGCUGCUGCGCAAGGCCCCGGGCCGCCCCCGACGUGUGACCCCAGCCUAGUGCCCCUGCUCGGCCGGCCGCCCUCCCCUUGGAGACCCCCGGCUCGGCCCCGGGGGGAGGAGGAAGACGACGGCGAGGCCGAAGGGGGCAUGUCCGGCUCCAAGAGCGUGAGCCCUCCGGGCUACGCGGCGCAGACCGCGGCGGCACCAGACCCCCGGGGAGGCCCUGAGCACCGCUCCGCGUGGGGCGAGGCCGAUUCCCGCGCCAAUGGCUACCCCCAUGCCCCCGGGGGUUCGAUCCGCGGUUCGGCCAAGAAACCCAGCGGGGCAGCGACCCCGCAGCGGCAGCAGCGCCUGGCUAGCCGCUGGCGCGGCGAGGGCGACGGCGACGACGAUGUUCCGCUGAGCGGCGACGACCCCCUGGCCGGGGGCUUCGGCUUCGGCUUCAGCUUCCGCUCCAAGUCCGCCUGGCAGGAGCGCGGCGGGGAGGACUGCGGUCGGGGCAGCCGGCGGCAGCGGCGGG